CUUUCCCUUCACUCCUUCCCUUUUCCUACUCUCUCAAAACCUCUCACCUUUUCACUUUCCAUAUUCCCUUCUUUUCUUCUUCUUCUUCUCUUCUUCUUCUUCUUCUUCUUCUUCUUCUUCUUUUUUCUUGUUCUUCAAUGGAGAAAGAUACUUUCUUUUCCAUCUCAAACAAGUUAGAAUUCUCAUUACCACCUUCUUCUUCUGCAUCAUCCCCAAUGAACCACCACCACCAUCAACAACAACAACAACAACAACAACAACAACACCAACACUUGCCGGAGUUCCUCCACGUCAACUGGACCCAUUCAGGUGACCAAAGUGCUACAAAUGGUCACUUUGAAUCAGCACUCAGUUCACUUGUUUCUUCUCCUACUGCCCCACCGGUGGCCGGAGAGAGUGUUGUCAUUCGUGAGCUCAUCGGAAGACUUGGCAGUAUUUGUAGCUCCGGCGAGAUCUCUCCUCCUUCCUCUCAUUUCACUGGUAAUCACAGUGCCGCCAAUUCUUGUUAUAGUACUCCUCUUAGUUCUCCUCCAAAACUCAACCUUUCAAUGAUGGCCGGCAACUUGAUUCCUCCGGCGAGCUUGCCAGCCUUCUCCGGUACCCUGGGAUUCGCCGAGAGGGCUGCGAGGUACUCUUGUUUUAGUGGGAAGAGUAACUAUAACCAGUUUUCAAGAGUUUCUCUGAGUAGCAAAUCUUUGAAAGCUAUGGAUUCAAUGCUUGAAGGUUCUCAAAUGGCCGGAAAAGUUUCCAGCCCUCCAACACCGAUGGAGACUGAAUUUAAGACUGCUCAAGAGGUUUCUUCGAUCUCCGGCGAGAGCAAUUCAAGAAAAAGAAAGUCAGUGAUGAAAGGCAAAGCUAAAGUGACCACCACCACCACCACCACCUCCAUUGUUAAUGUUUCCAAGGGUGGAGAGGAAGAUGAGAAUGUGAAUGUGAAGAGAUGGAAGUCAGCAGAGGAUGGAAAGCCGAAAGCCGAAGAGAAUAAUUCCGGUGAGGUUUCUGGUCAAAAACAAGGGAAAGAUAGCAAUGCGAAGCCGCCGGAGCCACCCAAAGAUUAUAUUCAUGUCAGGGCAAGAAGAGGGCAAGCUACUGAUAGUCAUAGUCUUGCAGAAAGAGUUCGAAGAGAGAAAAUCAGUAAAAGAAUGAAGUUCUUGCAAGAUCUUGUUCCUGGUUGCAAUAAGGUGACUGGAAAAGCAGUAAUGCUUGAUGAAAUCAUAAAUUAUGUGCAGUCACUGCAGAGGCAAGUUGAGUUCCUUUCUAUGAAAUUGGCUACAGUCAAUCCCAGGCUUGAAUUCAAUAUGGAAAAUUUCAUAGCCAAAGAUACACAUUCUUUGGUUCAUCCAUUAGAAAGCGGCGGCGGCAGCGUCGGCAUUUUCGUAUUCUUAUCAACCACAACAAGGAACUACUCUUGAAGCAUUAACAAUGCAAAUGCAACCACAGGAUGGAUUUGCCGAUAUUCCUCCUCAGCUGGGGAAUUUCUGGGAAGAUGAUCUGCAAAGUGUUGUUCAGAGUUUCAACAACGGAUCAUUGGCAACAUCUCACAUGAAAAUCGAGCUUUGAUGGAUGGAGAAAGCCGUUGUACAUAAACCGAUAAGUUGGUUCGAAAAAGAAGCUUUGAACUAACAACUCAAUUCUUGGCAACAACUACUCAAAAAAAAAA